UAAUUGUCAAAAGUCAAACCAGACAUCGUCAAUUUGUCAGUCAGAUGUUUUUUAGAUUCUAGUUCCAGAAAAAUGGCUUCGAGUUUAAUCAAAAGGGCUAUAUUUUCCAAUCCAGUGUCCGUAAGAAAGACCUUUGGAAUUAUCUGCAAUGCUACUCGUAACCAUUGGAACUACCAAUAUAUGCCUGGCCCUUAUCCUAAGACCCCAGAAGCGCGAGAAGCCGCGGCAAAGAAAUAUGGAAUGACUAUUGAAGAGUACCAGCCAUAUCCAGAGCAUAUGGGAUACGGCGAUUACCCAAAAUUGCCUGACAUUGGUGAGGAUUCUAGAGACCCACACUACCCUUACGACCAGCCGGAAUUGAAGAGGAACUUCAAUGAACCUAUUAAUGCUUGUAUGGAAAUAUACGGUGGUGAUCGUUAUGACCCUGCUAUGAAACGAAGGUUCUCCCUGCUGCAUCAAUGGAUUUGGUUUUUGGGUACAAUUGGUGGAGCUUUUGCUUUGUACACGUACCUUGAAGAUUUUAAAGUUGGGAGACCUGUGACAGCAAAGCAAUUCCCAUCUGCUGGACCCCACUAUGAAUUUAGUAUUCCCAAGUAGAUGAAUUUAAAAAGGUCAUGCUGUACAAUUUAGAUGCAUUAUUUAAUAGCUUCAAUAAAAUAAUUAUGUUUUAAA